UAUUGGAAUGCUUUUAUACUAGUUCAUCAGUGAGGGGCUAAACAAAAGUUGAUUUUUAAUUAGAAUAGACAGAAAAGAAGAAAAGAAGGAAGAUUCUUUCUAAAGAUUAGGGCUGCGACUCCGCUAAUAGCCCAUGAGAGUGAUCUGUUUUUUUCUUGGUAGACAAAGCAAACUUUCAAACUUUGGUUAGGGUUUCCAUCCCUUGAAAGAUCUCAUUCGUGGGAUUCGAUUUUGUGAGCACAAAUUAAAAUGGUGAGAGGAAAGAUCCAGAUCAAGAAGAUCGAGAACACUACAAGCAGACAAGUCACGUUCUCUAAGAGAAGGAAAGGUCUCUUUAAGAAGGCUCAUGAGCUUUCUGUUCUUUGUGAUGCCCAAGUCGCAGCAAUAAUCUUCUCUCAGAAGGGAAGAUUAUAUGAUUUCACCAGCUCCGAUAUCCAGAAGACGAUCAAGCGAUACGCCGAGUAUAAGAGAGAGUAUUUCGUUGCAGAAAGUCACCCCAUGGAGCAAUACGUGCAGGGACUAAAGAAGGAAAUGGCAACAAUGGUGGAAAAGAUUGAAAUGCUUGAAGUGCAUAACCGGAAGUUGAUGGGGCAAAACCUGGCUUCUUGUUCGGUGAAAGAACUUCAAGAGAUAGCCACACAGAUAAAGAAAAGCCUUCAUAUUGUUAGAUUAAGAAAGGCUAAGUUAUAUGGAGAUGAAAUAGAGAAACUAAAAGCUAAGGAGAGGGAGCUCAAGGACGAGAGAGUCAGGCUUUGUGAAAGGGGCUCAUGGCUGUGAGUUCUGCCAUCUAGAUUCGAAUCUCGGCCACCGUCGAUUAUAAUGGAAUAAAAAAUGCAGCUUUCUUGGAUGUCUUCGGCGGGCUCCCCGACUCAGCUCUGGUGGACGGUCAUUAGGUGCUAGUCGGGUCUCUUUCGAAGACAUCGGGAUAUCAAGGUCAUCAAAAAAAAAAAAUUUAUCAUGUUCUUAUGUCAGGUUGGAGAAAGACCAUUGGGGACGCCAUCAAGCAGCGAAGAGAAAGAGGAUGUGGAAACUGACCUAGUCAUCGGAUUUCCGAAGAGCCGACGGUAACAUCUUUCUUGUUCGUUUAACAUGAAGCUACUUAUUAUCUCAAUUAAUGUCUGUAAAUCAAUAAUGUAUCAAUCACAUUUAUUUAUGUAUAAACCCAAAAUAAUGUGUCAGUGUACUAACUAUACUUUUCUUUGUGGAUGUAUGGUUUAAUUACUUGUUUCUUUAUAAUUAUACUAUAUCCAGAUUUUUGUUGAAGGUUUGAUUUUAUGGUAGUUAAGCAGUUGAUGUAUUAUGGACACACACCAAUUUAAAAUUGUUCUUUGUGUGAAGAAUAAAUAUAACAGCUCAGUGCUCUCAUUAAUUGAUCGACGUCCCCUAGCUACUCCUUACUAUAGAAAAAACAAUCAACUAAAUAUGUCCUUUGUUAUAAAUCAAGUGAUGAAUAUCUUUAACCGGUCCGGUCCAUAACUGGCUCAAACCUUAAAAGAAAGAGACAUAGCCGAAACCCUAGAGAGAGGAGAGAGAGGCGGCCGCAUGCCUUAGAGGAGAGAGAGAGGCGGCCACAAGCUAUAGAGAAAAGGAAACCCUAUUUCUUUUUCCUUGUAUAUGUAAUCUUUCCAUUUAUGUAUUUAGUAGUUAUCUUAAAUCUAGUUGGAUUAGGAUUUGUACUCUUUCCUUUUAUCUAUAUCUUGUAAACCUUAUAUAAGAGAUGUUUUAUUCAUUAAUGAAACAUAUAGAAUUCUCAUUCUUUUACAACACGUUAUCAGCACGAUUGUUCUCUACAAUUUAAGCUAAAAUCGCCAAUCCCUUAAACCUAACCUAGCCGGCGACUUUAACCUAAUCCCGACGAACCCUAAUUCGUCCUAGCUCGCGUUCCAACUCGUCAGCAACCGAUCAGCUCCAUCCCUAAGGUGUUCCUGAUCCUAGACGACCUC